AUGGCUGUUAGUGGUGGGGUCUACCCAAUGGACCAUGCGAUGGGCUAUUCUGUGUGCAAGCUGGCGAGCCUGGUGAACCUGUUGAACCUGUUGGAACUGAAUCUGUUGAACCUGGCGAGCCUGGUGAACCUGAUGAAAGCCUGGGGUUCGGGAAUUAUAGCGGGUUUCCCCGGUUCUCGCCAGGAAGCUAUCCAGAGUUAA